AUGGCGCUUCUGCAGACCGUGCAAGUCGCUUUAACGGAUGGGCGGAAUGGAUCGGGCGAAAUGGAAGAACCAAUCUCGUCCAGCUCGAAAGGAAAAUGGACGAAGCGACUCGACAUUCUUUACCGAGACGAGAUUCUCAUACAAGAAAGCUCCUUCGCAAGGCUCUUCAAAUGUCUUCCGAAUUUGCAGAUUAUUGUUCAGCGGGGAAAGCCUCUUAUUAUCAAUCGUUCGGACGCUCGACUAUCAAUUUUUGUCGUACUCCCGGAAUUGGUCACACGAUCUCUGCAUGUCCUUGAUAUCAAGUGUCAGUUCGACAUAGGCCCAUGCAGUAAAGAUGCCUAUCCAGAUGCUCCUAGCAUUAUCGACGCCAUUGGAAACCAGCCUCUUCACACAUUAAAGGUCUUUCCGGUUACAAAGGAUCUAAGUUUCCGGCAACACGCGUUUCUAUCGUCUCUCGAGUGUCUUGAUGCGCCACGACACUUCACGCGAUCUAUACUUGCAAGUACUUGCACUACUCCCAAACUUACUCAGAUUACCCUGUCGUUUGGGCACGACAAUGAAUUGGUCUCGUCUCGUAAAUGUUUCGCACGUAUUGGUGCCGGUUUAGGAGAACUGCAGCUGCAAAUCGUUGAUCCGACACACAUUCAGCAGUCUUUACGUGAUGUAGCUGAUCUCUGUCCAAAUCUCCGCAACCUAAUCGUCCCUUUGGAUUCGCUAACCGUGGGAUUACUCUCUGGACACCUUCCUCCAGUUAGGAAUCUAGGUAUCCAUCCCAGACUCUCAUUGUGGGAUUGGGAAUGGCGCUCAGAACAAUCGAUGGUGAUGUUAUGGGAGUCAAUUUGCUCAAAACUCAUGGAGUUAAUUCCGGAGAUGCCUAACCUGCGCAUUGUCAGACUUCUGGAUGAACUACCAUACAAGGGUGAUCCUUUUGUUCUCAAAGCUGUCGCAACAUCGAAGAUCCUAACGCAAGCUGGAGUCCGCUUUGAAGACUGGACUGGACAGAUCUUUCAUAAGGACUAG